UGUGUAGAGUAAAACAAAAAUUUGAAAUAAUUUAUAUUUUUUAUAAAUAAAAUACAGCUUUAGAUAUACAAUUUUGAUAAUUUUUCUAACUUUUGUUAAAGGAUUUUAAAAAAGUCAAUAAUUUUUUUUUCUACUUCCUUAAUCACAUCAUUUUUAAAUCGAUCCGUUUUCUAUACGAUUUUCGCAUAAACAUAAGUUUUCCCGUUUGUUGUUUUAUAAUGUAAGACUUUCUCCACCACAGUGAUAUUGCUUUAAUAGUUAUUUAUGCAGUGAGUAACUUAUCGUCCUUCUCCAAGAUGAAAUCAGAUUUGGCUGUUGCAGUUUUCCUUCUUAAACUGCUUUUAAAUCUUAAUUUUGCGAACUCCCUCAUUCGUCGUGAUUAUAGUGUUCAUGCCGGCAAAAAUAUAACAAUUCCAUGUAUUAAAAGUGUUACUGAUACCAUCUUAUGGACUCGUGAUGGAAAUAAUAUAAGUAGCUCUGUGAAUGAAGAAAAUUCUUUGGUAUUUAUUGACGUUACCACCAACGAAGCAGGCCUUUAUAUAUGUUCAGUCUUAACAAACUCAUCAUCAGAUAUAGAGCCAUUAUAUCAACCUCACAUGCAGGUGCAAAUUAAAGUCAAAACAAAACCAGGAGCUGUUGGAUCUUUUCGUGUUAGGGCUACGACUAUAAUUGCAGUAUUAAUAUGGGAAGUCUGGCGUAAUAGAACAGGGAACGCACCAAUCAUCGAUUUUACUGCUGAGAUGCGAAAACAGCCAGAGCUUUUUUCAAAUAACACUGAAGAGAAUAUUGAAUGGCAGAGAUUAGAUCCUCAACACAUUGCUCCAAAUGCGCGCCAAUUGGAAGUUUAUCACUUAGUUCCAAAUACUAGCUAUCAGUUUCGAAUUUGGGCAAGUAAUGAAGUUGGAAGCGGUGAAAUAUACACAAUUGGUGCAAGAACCGUACCACCAACAGAAGAAAAAGAUUUAAUCAUGCGUAUAUUAGAAGAUGCAAAAGAAUUUAAAAAGGAAUAUUGGAUAGUUGCCGUUGGUAUUGUAAUGGGAACACUGUUAAUUUUAACAAUUGGAACAACGUUAAUCCUUUGGAAAGAAUGCAGAGAAUCUUCCGAAGAUGAGUCUGAUAAAGACUUAGUUCAAAAUAUGCAUGUUAUAUUAAAUCCAGGUUUCUGCCACGAUGACGACCAAAAUCGGCCUUUAUCUCCAAUUAAAACACAUUUUUAUGGAUAUGGAAAUCAUUAUAAUGAUGAUUAUGAGAAGGACAUGACGUUUUCACGAAAAAUGUCAAUCUUUUUUACGGGAAAUACAAUAAAAAGAAUUUGAGUAAAGGUUUUUCCAGAACACGAAAGUCUGAUGAAGAAAUAAAACAAAUAUUAACAAAAGUGAUGAUGAAAUAACUAUGCACUCUCUGUCAAUUCUUUUGCUUAUUUUUAAUGCUUAACAAGUAACUUUCCAAAAAUGGACUAUCCUUUGAAAAGCAAACCGAAAAUUUAAUCAAAAAGAAGACUAACAUAUAACAUAUGCUAUGUGAAUUUGAAAAAGCCUUCAUAACGCUAAAUAGCUUAAAUAUGUUAUUCAAUCACUCAAAUCAAUUAAAUACUUGUAAUUUAGUUUAAACACCUUUUUCUAUUACCUCUUACAUUGUAAUAAUUUUAUAUAGUUUGCAAAGUAUACAUUUAAAACAUAUUUAUUUCACUUUACAAUCAAUCCUAAUGUGUUCAAAAUAUUAUUAAUAAUUUUUUUCUUCUUUAUUGAACCUUUGAACUUUUUGCAUGAUCCUAAAUGUAUUUUAAUAAAUAAAUUAAUUGAUUCGUAUUAUUUUCAAUUUAGUUUUUAAACCUAAUCAGUUAAUAAGUAAAAAACGUUAAUAUAAAUCAAACGUUGUAUGAAAAAAUACUAUGGAACUUAAAUAUCCUAUGGAUUCCGAGUUAGUAUUACAAUUAUUUCACAUUUCUUAAUUCUUAAUAUUUUCAAACUUAAAAAAAACCUAGAUAUCAUGUUUGUUUUAUAUGCUUCUAAAGUUACUAUUUUUUAAAAAAAAUCUUACUUCAAUUUCGAUUUGAAGGGAAAAAAAUGUUGCUUAUAAAUGUGUGAGAUAAUAUUAAACUAAUGAUUUUUUUUAUUGCAAUAGUACUAUAUAUCAGAUGUGCCUCAAAAAUAAAAUGAGAAGAAGUAAAAAAAAGUAGGAAGAAAGGGAUUUAAUGCAUGCAAUAAAUAUUUAAAAUUGAAUUGCUGGUUUUGUGAAUUAUAAGGUUCAUAUUAUAAAAAGAUAUUUGCUUAUUAAAAAGAUACUUCUUAGUAAGUUCAAAAAUUGAAGCUAAAAGCUCAUAUGGAAUUCAAACGCAAGUCUUAAAUGUUCAAAGAUAUUUUAAAGAUUAUUUGAAUUGAAGUUCUUUGGAUUUGCAAGAGAAAAAAUUUCCACAUCAAAAAACAAAUAGAACUUUGUCGAGAAAAUGAAAAAAGUUUUCAGCUUUAUCAAGUCCGAAAAAAGACUUAAAUCUAUUGUAAUCUAAUUACAAAAUUUUAUCAAUUCAAUUGACCUCAAAAAAUUUAAAUUAACUUUGCCUAAUCAAAAACAAAUGUUAAAAAAGGAG